AUGGAUUGCUUCGUAGUCAAUAAAACCCUUCUCCUUAUCGGAGUCCUCUCUUGCCUCCUCCUAUCCACAACCACCGCCGUGCCUUCCAGCCGUCCCGUUCGCACCCUUCUAGCCGCGGUUAUCAGCCCCGAGAUUAAUCAAUUCUGUAUCGGCACCGAGAACCCAACCCUCUGCGCAGAAACCAUCGCCCCCUUCGCCACCAUUCCCUUCGACCCCGUCAAGGCCCUGGAGGCCGAGAUCAAAGCCACCCUCCAGGAAGCCACACGGAUCGCGGGCAUUAUCUCCAAACAGCUAGUCGAUCCCGCCACCGCGAAGAACGCCAAGGAUGCGCUCAGCAUCUGCAAGUCUCAGUACGGGGACAUGUUGGACAGCAUCAAGGAGACCCUGGAUCAGUUGGCCAAGAAGAACCUGGUGGAGGCUAACAACAAAUUCAACGUCGUGUUAUCCUUCAAAUCCUCCUGCGACGACGCUAUCCAAGAGUCUCCCGGAGUCGUCAUGCCCUUCGCCCAGGACUCCACCAAGCUUUUCCAUUUAGGCGGCAAUUGCCUCGCCUUGAUGGACACCAUUUCUAAGAAGCCCAAGCUGUAA